AUAUUCCGUAAAAAGUAAAAAAAAGUAGCUGUACAUCAAUUAUGAAAAGCAAUUACAAUGAUAAUCACCGCUUACUACAAUCCAAAUUAUAUUCGAAUCAUAAUCAUCUAGUAAAUAAUAAAGUUAAAGAAUAUUCUAAAAAGAGUCAGAGUUUAGCUGAAGAACCAUUGCUAUCUCUACCAUGUAAAAAUUAUGGUAAGGAAAGUAAAAAUUCAAACAAAACAACCAACCAUACAAGAAAUACAGAUUUUAGAGAAAACAAUGGUUCGAUUAUAUUGUCCCCCGUUGAUAAUGAAUACCCUCGUUUUAACAAAGCCAAGUCAAAACCUUCGAGAUCAAAAUGUUCUAAUGAAAAUGAUAAUAAUACCAAUAAAUUUAACAUAGAUCAUCAUUAUAAUAAGUAUGGAUCAGAUAUAUAUAUUAUAGAUAAUGAUAAUAGUAAUGAUAAGGAUAAGAAUAAUAGGGAUUACCAAGAACGACGUGCUAUAAUAUUAAACCAUAAAAAUAAUCUUUCCAAAGACUAUUUAUCAGAGAAUUAUGUGCACAUUAAUAAGAAUAAGAAAAUUAGCGAAGAAAGAAAUCAUAUAAUUGUGGAUGAGGUUAAUCAAAGCCCGCGCAACAGUCUGAUAAAGUCGAAUCUUAUAAAAGAUCUAAAUGGCUUUGGUAAAAAAUAUAAUAAUAAUGACAAUAGCUAUAACCCUGAAUAUUCUUACAAAUCACAAUGGGUGGAUAACAACACGUGUAUCACAGCCAACACCAGUUAUUGUAACUUGGAGAAUUGGUACGGUGAAGAGGAGACAAAUGUUGCGGAUAAUAUUUCAAAAUGGCGAUCCAAGACAGCGCAUAAAAUUUUUCCCAACAAUGAAAUCGGAAAAAGUAACUGCAAGGAAAAGUGGAUUUUUGAAUACUUGGAUACGUGGCCGGUAUCGACGCAACAUAAUUUUAAAGAAAUCGAUAGAACGCCUAUUUUCCUUAAAUUUUUGUUUUACAUGAAAAUAAUAUCCCUCAAAAUUUGCUGCCUAAUUAUAAUCGUGUUUUCCUUGAUAUCGCCCAUAAUGUUUAUUGCCGUACCGUCUACGUUAUCUUACAUAAGAAUUAAUAAUAUGAUUGGUGUUUCAAAUGUUACAAUAUCAUCCGACGCCCUAAAUUGGACUAAUUUAUUGAAUGAAACAAAAUUUAAGACAAGUAGGGCAUCCAAUUCUAAUCAAACAAUUAGUAAAAAUGAUAAUAAAUUGGAUGAUAAGUCUUCUAAUACCAGUCUCCGAAGGAUUGAAAAAUUGAGGAAAAAUAUUGAUACCUAUAUUCGAAAAAAUUAUAGAAAUAAAUAUAUGCGGAGAAAAUUCCACAAUAAAAUUAAUAAUAAACGUAGGCACAUGGAAUACGUUACAAAUCACGAAAAUAAUGAUGGUAUAAAUACUUUUUAUAUUGAGCCACGAGAUAAUCAGGAAAUAUUUAGCAACCAACGUCAUCUACCACCGAUAAAUACCAAGUAUUUAAUUAUGGAUCACUAUCAUGUUUGUUCGUAUUCAAAAUUUAAACUCUGGAAAUCGCGGAUGUGUGCAUCUCUCUUUAGUCAAUGUAAUGUAUCAUGCCAAGGCGAAUUAACCUUUUUACUGGUUAAAAUUAUAAUAAUCGUUUUUUUGACAUGGAAGAUUAAUUCAAAAUAUUCGUGCCUUAAAAACUCACAAUUAAACGCAAAAAAUACUGUGGACAAUCAUGACAAACCAAAUUUACUAAAUAAAUUUAUUUAUAUAUUCCACUUUGCUCCUUCUCAAAAUGCAAACAAUAGGUUUAUUUUACCGUAUAGGUCAUCAUUAAGUUACAUUAGAUUAAGUUUAUUAUUGGUUUUGGUAUGUUACAUAACUUUUUACUGGGUAUUCUUUGCCACCAAAAUAUUGCUACCAAUUCUAUCAGAAUAUCCAAGCAUCAUAGACCAUCAACAUCAAAUAAAUAACAUCACGGAGGAAUACGAUAACGAUGCAUAUUAUAAAUUUGACGAUAUAGUUAAAUAUUCGGAUUCUUUUACGAAUUGUUUAAUUUUGAUAUACGUUCUCUUUUCAAUACUCAUAAUCUUUAAUAGCGAAACUUGGGACCAUGAUAAUAUAAUGUUCUCCGCUAAAUGCACCCGCGCCUUUGAUGGAAUAUCAAAAAUUUAUCAUUUACCAUCGUGUAGUAUACAAAAGGCCGCUAUGUUAUUACUCGAUUUUUAUCACAAAGAUUACCCCUAUCAUGAUCCUUACCGAUAUUCCGACAAUACCAAAUUAAUGACCAAUAAAAUAAAUGAGGAAAUAAAGAACGUCACUCUAGAAAACCAGAAUAAUAUUAGGAAAAUAAAUAUUGACUUGCGAAAGGACCUCAUAAGAAAUAAUGACAAUAAAAAAGUUCAUGAAAAAUAUAUUUCUAAAAGUUACCUAAAUAGUAAAGGUUCAGCUUCAGAAAUUUUACCAUCAGAAAUCAAACAUCAUCAAAAAUAUUUUGACUUUGAAACCUUAAAUAGCCGUAACAAAUGUUUGAAUCCUAUAAUCGAUAGUCAUUCUAAAGAUGCCAUAAAAUGUGACCUCUAUGAAAAUAAUAAUCCCCAAUCAGUUUAUAAUCUAAAUAGUCGGAUUAAUUGUCAUGAUAUCAACAAUUCCAGACAAUAUAUUCAUAAUGUAAAUCACUGCACAGUUAAAAAUAAUAAUAAAAAUUUAGGUAAAUCACGUUUAAAUGAUGAUAAAUUAUGUGAACAAACUACUUCGAAAGAAAAGAUAUUGUUCAAAAGGGAUAAAAAAAUUUCAUCCCCCAUAUGCCAUAAUAAACGAUUUUACGACGAAGAAGAUUAUGAAUUAAAGGUGAAAAGGAGACGGGCUCGUUUGAUAACCUCUGCGGAAGAAGCAUUUAAUAACUUUGAUCGUGUAAGCAAAGAAUCUCUUAAUUCUUUAUCCAACAGACAAUCGAUGGUCAUCAAUGUAUCAUCUUCCAACACACAUGCUCAAAAAAAAUUGCUAGGAGUCGAAGAAAAUAAAAUGAUAAUGAAAGUUGAAGAAAUAGCCCAAGCUAUAUUCCCAUCGCUCGUCAAGAAUAUGCACAAAUUCAUCAGAUUAACAAAACAACAAUCAUUUUACAAUAUCAAUAUGAUAUUGGAGCAUUUAGCCAAAUUCAUUAAAUACGAUAUGGGUCCAUAUUCAUUUGUGGAUCAAUAUAUUAACCCAGUCAAUACCAUUCAUAAUGAAAGAUUGAAUCAAGCUUUGCAGGAUUGGAUAGUAAUCUGUGAACAACCACUCACAUCAACUUUAAAAGAUUCAACCAUAUUUCAAUUAAGAAAAGAUUCGAUGAAACUUUUUAUUGAAGUUAAAUGUAUGCCGAAAUAUAUAUUACACGAACAUAUUUUAAAUCCAAAUCUCGAUAACUUUUAUUAUACCAUCGAUUCAAAAAUUAUAGUAUGA